AUGAAAAAAAUUUUAAUUAUUUUUGUUCCUCUCUUUUGCGCAUUUGCCUAUAGUAAAGGAGUAAGAAAUGUCUCAACAAAAAGUUCAAUUGCACGUCCUCAUGAUCAAUCUAAUGUAAAAAAUUUUUCAGCUGUGGAAAUUUUUUCACCAAAAAAAACAAAAAAGGAAUGUAUAAAAUGCCUACCAGAAAACUUUUGUGAAUGUGAAUGUAGCUGUAAAAACAAAACAGGUUUUUCAAUGAAAUAUAGAAAUGCUAGCUUAGGAAACAUUAAGAGAAAAAGUAGAAAUAUGCCAAAAAAAUCUGCUCGUUCAAGAACAUGUAAGGAUUUGCCUAUUAAAAAUGAUAACUCAGGAACAGGACCAGAAACAGAACCAGAAACAGAACCAGAAACAGAACCAGAAACAGAACCAGAAACAGGACCAGAAACAGAACCAGAAACAGGACCAGAAACAGAACCAGAAACAGAACCAGAAACAGAACCAGAAACAAAUCCUGAAACAGAUCCAAAUUCAGGGGAUGGUGCAACAGAAUGCUUUUCUUCAUGUCAUAGUAGCACGGGUGUUCAAACUGAGGAAUGCAGCUGUUCUUGUUUUUGUUAA